AUGACGGAUGGUACUAUAGAACAUGCUCAGGACCAGUCGUUAAUAGACGAUGCCUCCACUUUGUUGAUGUUCUCUAAAACAUCGAAUUCAAACGUCAACUCGAGCGAUGAGGGUAAAGACGAGUUAAAAGCCGAUAUACAUACACACAAAAUGACACCAACUCCUUCCGCUGGAACUGCAAGUCAGGUCGGAAGUCAAGCUGGUAGUCACAGUGGGAGCGCUGGUGAUAUAAGUAUGCAUAUGAAUCCCAUGACAUCACCGGGCCCUGCAUCUGUGGCACUUAUCAAAGAUGAUGAUGACGAUGAUCAUCUAAAAGGCAGUCCCGUUGACAAUGGUAUUCAUCGCAGCAACUCAAAUAGCGAAAAGACAAAGAAAAGCGGGAAUAAGAAGGGUAUGGUUGCGGCUGCUGCGUUAGCACAAGCAGCUACGAUGCCACUACCUCUUAAACGAAAAGCAGAAAACGAUAGAAAACCUGCUGCGAACAACAGCGUGCCAAUGCCUAGAUCAGGUGCCGAGGAAAAAUCUCCUUCAAAGCAAGCAAAGAGCGAAGAUAAAGUGGUGGAACAAGAAGAUAGUUUCAAAGAAGCUGUAGAGGAACAAAAACUUGAAAAAUCUGAAACGGAUAGGUUUUCUUCGGUUCCCGAAUCUUAUGUUGUUGAUCCAGAUGCUGGUAUAAUAACGUGCAUCUGUGGCUAUGAAGAUGAUGAUGGAUUUACUAUACAAUGCGACCAUUGUUUCCGUUGGCAACAUGCUAUAUGCUAUGGAAUUGAACAUGAAAAAGAUGCCCCAGAUGACUUUCUGUGCAACAUCUGCAAUUCUAGGUUUGUAGAUGUAAAGCUAGCAAAGAAGAAACAACAAGAAAGGAUCAGAAAUGCUCAGAAUAAGAAGCGUAGACGCACGGCAAAUGGCAACAUAAAAGAGGUGAAGACAAAAGAGGCCACGUCUGGUACGAAAGACUCACGGAAUCCAGGUACUUCUGAAGCGACGGACCAUCGUAUAGAACCAGAGGCCAUUCCAUCCGCAGAUCCUCUUACGAACAUUGUUUUAAUAAAUGCUAAAGAAGCUUAUCCUACAGUGUAUCUCCCUUUGACUUCAAAUGAUUACAAAGAUAAAUACGUUGAACUUUUCGUAAAAGACCACGCUGAUGACGACUGGGUUAUACCUUAUCAUAAAUUAACGUUCAAACCUAUUCCGAUUGAAAUUAAACCAUAUUCUGACAGUAAUCACUCAAGAUUGUUCCCUGGAUACCCCAAGUUAGCUGUAUACUUGAAGCAAGGAUGUGAUGAAGGAGACUACAUCGAUGAAUUCUUAGGAGAGAUUGAUUUCCAAAGGAAAUACUUAGAAGAUCCAAGAAAUAACUAUAGAGUCUGGGGAACUGCAAAACCUAAAGUCAUUAUUCAUCCCCACUGGCCGAUUUAUAUUGAUGCCAGGUUAAGUGGAAAUUUAACGAGAUACUUGAGACGAUCAUGCAAUCCCAAUGUUGAACUAGUCACAAUCAAAUUGACUAAUUCCAAUAACCAGGAUGAGAUAAAGUUCGUUCUUAGAGCUCUAAGAUUCAUUGAUAAAGGUGAAGAACUUCACAUCAAAUGGGACUGGGACCUGAGACAUCCAAUAUGGAAGUUAAUAAAUCAUAAUGAGAGCAUAGAUUCCAUUGAAGAGCCACAAAGGUAUCUUUUCAUACAUUCCAUAGACACCAUUCUAGGAAGUUGUGAUUGUGCCUGUGGAAGUAAUAGUAAAGAUUGUUACUUGCUGAAAAUCAAACGCCAUUCUCAAUCACUCUAUAGAUCAGUCAAAUCAAAAAUGAAUAAUCGAUACAAGCUUAACGAAAUAUUACACGGAAACAAAUUGCAAACCAAAAAACAGUCAUCUAUUCUCAGUAAAUUAGCGCAUGCCACAAUCUCAGACGCAGCAAGGGCCAAUGAAUUUCUACUUAAAUUCAAUGCCGUUAAGCUAAAGAUGUUAGAACCGGUCUCUGACACUGUACAGAAGAAGUCUUUCCAUACGAACGCUGGGAGUAUCAGAGGGAACAAAUACAGGGUUUCAGUGACGGAGUCCAAAAACAGGGUUGACCCCCUUAAAGAAAGUCUUUCAUUCAUUUCAGAUCCUUCUAAGUUCGAUGAAUCACAGAUUAAACACCCAGCCGAUCUUCCUAUUCCCAUACAGACAAUAAGUACUGAAGAUAACCCUCCAACUGACACCACCAUAACAAAUAUAACCGAAACUAUAUCAAACCAAGGACAAACUAGUGUCACUUCCGAUUCUAAUAGCAUUAAAAAUUCGUUGAAGCGUGGAAUAGACAGCGUUCCCGGCCCUUCGUCUACUAUCCACCAAGCUCAGAUGAAAAAGAAAUUAUCGUUUGCUGAUUAUAAGAAAAAAAUCAAACCUGCUUAA